AUCACCCUGUAAGACGUGUCGGCGGAGGGAGUGAUAUAGUUUUGUGUUUGACAAAUGGAGCUGUAGAGUCUUUUUCAGUUCUUAUACAGAGAGCACAAAGCUGCUACUGCCCGUCCUUUCCAACGAAUCCUCAAAGUGUUUGAAUUCGGAGAUGCAUUUGAGCGAGAACGAGGGGAUUGAGGGCAAAAUCUUCGUGGUGGCCGGCGGCCUGGGCUUCGUAGGCGCCGCCUUGAGCUUGGAGCUAAUCAGACGAGGGGCGCGUGAAGUGCGGGCGUUUGACCGUCGCGACGAAUCGCCGUGGUCCGACGAUCUCCGUCGCCAGGGGGUUAGAUGCAUUCAAGGGAAUGUUUCUAAGAAACAAGAUGUAGACGAGGCUUUAAGUGGUGCGGAUUGUGUUUUCCAUCUUGCAUCUUAUGGUAUGUCCGGAAAAGAGAUGCUUCAGUACGGCCGUAUCGACGAGGUUAACAUAAACGGAACCUGUCAUAUUUUGGAUGCUUGCCUGGAGAACGGUGUUCGUAGACUUGUCUAUGUCAGCACAUACAAUGUUGUAUUUGGUGGGAAAGAAAUUGUAAACGGAAACGAAUCCUUACCCUACUUCCCCAUUGAUGACCAUGUAGAUCCUUACGCCCGAAGUAAAUCUAUUGCCGAACAGCUCGUCCUUAAGAGCAACGGUCGACCCUUCAAAGACAAGACUGGAAGACUCUAUUCCUGUGCUGUUCGCCCGGCUGCCAUAUACGGACCGGGUGAAGAACGACAUUUUCCGAGGAUCAUCAAACUCGCAGAGUCGGGUCUUAUGCUGUUCAAAAUUGGCUCUCCCGACGUGAAAUCCGACUGGGUGUACGUCGACAAUCUUGUUCUUGCACUACUCUUAGCUAGCAUGGGUCUUUUGGAUGACAUUCCCGGCAGAGUCGGAAAUCCGGUCGCGGCAGGACAGGCCUACUUCAUUUCCGAUGGUUCCCCGGUCAAUAGUUUCGAGUUCCUCCGACCGCUGUUCAAAAGCUUCGAUUACGACUUGCCUAAGUUAUCGUUGUCGACUCCACAUGCCCUCUUGAUCGGAAGAUUUUUCUGGGUUCUAUACUCCAUUAUGUACCCGUGGCUCGAUCGACGGUGGCUCCCGCAGCCUUUAAUCCUCCCCGCCGAAGUGUACAAGGUAGGGGUGACUCAUUACUUCUCGUUUCUAAAAGCGAGGGAGGAGCUGGGGUACCGGCCAUUGAUCGAUCCUCGGGACGGCAUGGCGGCGACGAUCGAGUACUGGAAGGAUAGAGAACGGCUGGGGGUGGAGAAACCGAACAUAUUGAUUCGGGUCGGGAUUAUUGCGGGAAUGUUGCAUUUAUUCUGUGCUACGUUCUUGCCGAAUUUCGGGCCGGUGCCUCUGCUAAGAGCGAUCGCGCUGUUCUUCCUGUGGUCGCUUACGGUGGCGAGGGUGGUGCUUGUGGCGGCGGUGGCAGCGCACGUGGGGGAGGGGGUGUAUGCUUGGGGGGUGGCGAAGAGGGUGGAUCCGGAGAAUGCUGGAGGUUGGGGGUGGCAGACAUUUUUGUACGGAUACCCUUCGUUGAGGCUGCUGUUGAAGAGAUCUGCAAAUGCUGCUGCUGCUAAAUCGACAAUAUGAAUAUGAGGCAUGUCCAGGUAUGUGUUCUGAAUUUGUUAGUAUUUAUUUUGGAUGAUUAAUUUGAAAUUUUUUAAAAGUUAUGUAUGCUUUGUUUAGAUAGAGAUAUUUAAAAUUUUGGAAGUUUGAAAAAUAAAAUAAAAAAUUAGUAUUUAAUUUGAUGUUUUGCGAAAGAAAAAAAAAAAAAAAGUAUUUGAUGUGAUAAUUUUUUAAAAGAUAAA